GCUGCCAUCAAAUUGUAUUGACCAUACCGAAUACGAGGCUAAAUUUUCUGUCCGUUUUGAUUCAAAAUAUGCCUUGGAAUGCUUUGAUUCUUUUUUGGUUGAACGUCGCAAGGAAUGUGUUGAGAGACUAAAUGAAUGGGUUUUCUUUGCCCCAACUACGAAAAGCAAUAGGAGUAUCAUACACGGCCAAUUCACAUAUAAUUUUAAAAAAAAAGGAGUAUGGCGCUGCUCAAAACUUACAAAUAAAUUAUAUAAAUGCAAUGGUAAAGGAUCCAAUGUUUUCUCUUCCAAAUGAUGUUCGACUUGAUAUAUUAAAAUGCCUUAAUUUCAACCAAUUGUUUUCUCAAAGACAAACCAAUUUUUACUUUUGCAAUUUAAUUAAUAAACAUGAAGAACAAUUGGCAAAGAAGAAAUUCAAUCGACUUGUAAAUGUAAUACUCAGUGAUAAAGUCUUUCAAAGCGCUAAAAUGAUUAACCUUCAAUCUGGACUUUUUAGAUUUACAUUAAAUGAUCAACUUAGAAAGAAGUGGAAUGCAGCAUUAGCUACAUCAAUUCAUUUGUAUUUACAUCAUUCAACAAAACAGAGCCCAAUUCUUGUCAGACUUGAAAAAAUCGAAAAUGAAAUCCAUCUUCUCUUGGAUUUGCCAGCUUUUCCAAAAAAUAUCAAGGAUCUUGUUACACUUCGUUGUUGGUUUGAACAUUUAUCUGGUUGUGCUUUUAAACAUCUUUAUUGUGGUUAUAGAUUUAACCCAGAACUGAUCAGGUUAUUAUUUGAUGAUGACGAAACAAUUCCUCAUCAAUUUCUUGCUUAA